AUGGGGCAUGGCCUGUAUGUAUGUCUGACUGCAUCCAUCAAUAUGCAGGAGAGGGUGGACGCGCUUGCAGCUGGAGAAGGUGACGGCUCGAAUUCAAGCUCUUCCAGUGAUGAUGAAUCCAGCAGUUCCAGCAGUUCCCAUUUUGGAUUGCAGUCCAGUGCUGCCCCAAAAGCCAAACCCAAAGCCAAGAAGCCAAAGGCUGCGGGUAAGGGCGCAGACAAGCCCAGUGCUGAGGUAGCACCACCGGUACCUCCAGUGGCAUUGAAGACCAUUGCCACCGACAAUUCUGAGCCAAGUAGUGCUUUGCCAACUCCAGCUCCAUCAUCUAGAUCAGAGAAGUCAGAGAAGCUUUCUGAGAAGGCGCAGCAGAUGCUUUCAAGCCUUGAGCUGUUGACCCCAGCCACCAUUUGGCAGACAGGAGUGGCAAAAUCCAAGUCAAUUGAGCAGACUCUGAACAAAGCGAUGGAGUUGAUCUCUCGCUUGGACGGUCAGUCUGAGGCAGGCCUGCAAGAGGCCAAUGCCAAACUAGGGGCUGAAGCUGAUCGGGUGUCUCAAACCUUCGACCUGGUGCAUGAGAUCAAAGAUGCAAAGUCUGCGCUUGGCAAGUCCUUGAUCGACAACAAGGAUCGCUUGAUGGCAAUGGUGGGCCCGAUGAAGCCGGAAGACAUUAACAUUGUGCUCAUUGACAUUGCCAAGCAGUUGGUGGAGGUCAACAUUGAGAGCAGUGGCAAUGAUGCAGUGCUCUUCUCGUUCAUUACCAUCAACCAGACAUCAUGGAAUGGUUUUGGUCUGAGUUCCUUGACCACGGAAGAGGUGAAACCCACUUUGUGCACAGUGCAAACCAAUGUGAUCAACUUUUGGUUGGACAAGCUUCGACCGCUUGGCACAGCAGCUUUGCACGGGGUUUUGGCUAGCAUUCCAGCUGAUUGGUUUCUUCCAGCUCUCACGAGGCGGCCAAUCCCGCCGAAUGCAGAUUUGACAUUUUCACCACUGGACGAGUCUGUGGAAAACAAGACGGGCAUUGUGACCAAAGCCCUUUUCGAUUUGCAGAAGAUGUUGGCAUGUCAGGUGUGCUCCGAUUCCAUCAUCGACAACAAUGCCAAGGGAACUUUGGACAGUGUGGCGGGCAAAGGCGCUGAGCUAGUGAAAACAUUGGGGCAAGUGAGCGACCUCUUCAAGACUGGCAAGUCCACAGAUUUUGCUGCUUCCCAUGAGCACUGGAAGACUCUUGAGUCCGUGGCGGACACCUCAAACUUCUUGGGCAAUCUUGAAGGGCGCCAAAGUGAGUUAGAUCAGCUUCAGGCAGCGAAGUCUACCUGUCUUGGGCUGAUGGUCCAUCAUGAUGAGCCUUACCAAGCAUUGACUACGAUGGUUGAGCAGCAGUUUCUUGAGGGGAACGAGGGCUUCAAACUGCAGAAUGUGUCCGAACAGGAUCUUUGCAGUGCUGGCAUUGCAGGUGUUUGCUUGGGCUUCCUUGAGCGGAAGGGCAGUCCCAGUGACAUUGCAGUCCACAAGAUGGUGGCCUGCUUGGUGCGAGAGCUUUGUGCAUUUAUGGCUUCCACCACCCACGAGGUUUGCAACAGCAUUCAGCUCUGGAGGGCACUUUCUGCAGGCUUGUCGGGGGAUCUUCGCACGGCUUCUGCCGCAACUGCCAAGCUGCUGCCUGUCCAUGCUGCUACUCGCAAAAUGAUGUUUCGGUUGGAGCAGAAGAUCUUGAGCAGUGGAAAAGACUUUGUGAAAUCUUUGGUCAGUGAACUUGGUCUUGGCCCAGCUUUGGCAAGAGCUACCAAAGAACUUGGCUUUCCUGUGCCACCUUUGCUGGGAGCAGUGCUCAAUGUGCUUCGUGCGUGCCAUGGUUUGGGGGACGAUUCCCUUGACACCAAGGAGGUGAAAGUCUCCCGUGACUCUUUGCAGAAGAACUUGCCAAUGUACAUGAAGCUUGUGGGUGUGACUGAGACCGAGCCAGAGUUCCUCAAGGAAGCUUUGCCGGAUUUGUAUGGCAAGGUUCUGCAGUAUGUCACUCAUUUCCAGGUUUGCUUGCUCGAGUGGCUUGAGGGAAAGGAGAAGUUCCUUGCAGAAAGUGAGAAGCUCUUGGACAAGUUCAGGCCUGUGCUGGAGGCCGUUCAAACUUGGGACUUCACCCAAGUACAGUGGCUGCUGCAGUGUCGAGAUGCAGAGCAGGCCAAGAAGGUGGAAGAUGAAUCAGGCCAAUUGCUGGUCGCGCGGGAGAAGCUUGGCAAAGGUGUUCCAUUGCUCAACUCCUUGAAGUACAGCAGUGGGAAUCUGGGUGAUCCUUCGUUGUGGGGUGGGCACUUCCUGACCAACUUGCCCAAGCGA